GUGCGCCGUUAACACUGCGCAGUAGAAGAUUGUUGUCCGCCAUCACUGCAAGAGAAGCUAGGCAAAAUUUGAGGGAAGUGUGACAACAACAGCGCAGAGAGACGGACCCAAACCCAAGGGGAAGGUCGAGGGAGAUCUUUACCACUUUGCAUUUGAAGGCCUCCCUGUUGCAGCCUAAAAUAGUAUUUCAUGUUAACUUAGAGACGACGGACGUACUAACUAAUCAUGUCCAACCUCAAAGGCGGCGUCAAGAAAGACACCAAGAUGAGGAUAAGAGCCUUUCCUGGACAUGGAGCCUGCGAGAAGAGUCCUGUGGCUUCAAGCUAUUCGAAAUGGGAAAUGUCGUAAAUCGGUGUAGAAGUAGGCUACACGUAGCUGUGUGUGUGGGGAAACAUUUUAAUCACAGAUGACAAUGGAUGAGAAGUAUGUCAACAACAUCUGGGACCUUCUGAAGAACGCCAUCCAGGAGAUCCAGAGGAAGAACAACAGCGGGCUGAGCUUCGAGGAGCUCUACAGGAACGCCUACACCAUGGUGCUGCACAAACACGGCGAGAAGCUCUACACGGGCCUGCGUGAGGUCGUCACCGAGCACCUCGUCAACAAAGUACGAGAAGAUGUCCUCAACUCAUUAAACAAUAACUUCCUGCAGACAUUAAAUCAAGCUUGGAAUGAUCACCAGACGGCAAUGGUCAUGAUCCGAGACAUCCUCAUGUACAUGGACCGGGUGUACGUGCAGCAGAACAACGUGGAGAAUGUGUACAACCUGGGCCUGAUCAUCUUCCGAGACCAGGUGGUGCGCUACGGCUGCAUCCGAGACCACCUCCGCCAGACCCUGCUGGACAUGAUCGCACGCGAGAGGAAGGGCGAGGUGGUGGAUAGGGGAGCGAUCAGGAACGCUUGUCAGAUGCUGAUGAUUCUCGGCCUGGAGGGCAGGACUGUGUACGAGGAAGACUUUGAGGCCCCAUUCUUAGAAAUGUCUGCAGAAUUCUUCCAGAUGGAGAGCCAGAAGUUCCUAGCGGAGAACAGUGCCAGUGUGUACAUCAAGAAGGUGGAGGCCAGGAUCAACGAGGAGAUAGAGCGGGUGCUGCACUGCCUGGAUAAAUCCACAGAAGAGCCCAUUGUCAAGGUGGUGGAGCGGGAGCUCAUCUCCAAACACAUGAAGACCAUCGUGGAGAUGGAGAACUCUGGCCUGGUCCACAUGCUCAAGAACGGCAAGACCGAAGACCUGGGCUGCAUGUACAAGCUGUUUAGCCGUGUGCCUAACGGCCUGAAGACCAUGUGUGAGUGUAUGAGCUCCUACCUGAGGGAGCAGGGCAAGGCUCUGGUGUCAGAGGAGGGAGAGGGCAAGAACCCUGUCGACUACAUCCAGGGCCUGUUGGACCUGAAGACGCGGUUCGACCGCUUCCUCCUGGAGUCGUUCAACAACGACCGGCUCUUCAAGCAGACCAUCGCCGGAGACUUUGAGUACUUCCUCAACCUAAACUCCCGUUCCCCCGAGUACCUCUCCCUCUUCAUCGACGACAAGCUCAAGAAGGGAGUCAAAGGGCUGACAGAGCAGGAGGUGGAGUCGAUCCUGGACAAGGCCAUGGUGCUUUUCCGGUUCAUGCAGGAGAAGGAUGUGUUUGAGAGGUACUACAAACAGCACCUGGCCCGGAGGCUGCUCACCAACAAGAGUGUCUCCGACGACUCUGAGAAGAACAUGAUCUCUAAGCUGAAGACUGAGUGUGGCUGUCAGUUCACCUCUAAACUGGAAGGGAUGUUCAGAGACAUGAGCAUCUCCAACACCACCAUGGACGAGUUCCGACAACACCUACAGUCCACGGGGGUGUCUCUAGGGGGGGUCGACCUCACCGUAAGAGUACUCACCACUGGCUAUUGGCCCACGCAGUCGGCCACGCCCAAGUGCACCAUCCCCCCCUCCCCCAGACAUGCCUUUGAGGUCUUUAGAAGGUUCUACUUGGCCAAACACAGCGGCAGACAGUUGACACUCCAGCACCACAUGGGCUCAGCAGACCUCAAUGCCACCUUUCACGGUCUCAUCAAGAAGGAGGAUGGUUCGGAGGUAGGAGUGGGAGGAGCACAGGUGACAGGCUCGAACACCAGGAAACACAUACUGCAGGUCUCUACUUUCCAGAUGACCAUCCUCAUGCUCUUCAACAACAGAGAGGAGUCCACCUUCGAGGAGAUCCAGCAGGAGACGGACAUCCCGGAGAGGGAGCUGGUGCGAGCGCUGCAGUCGCUGGCCUGCGGGAAGCCCACCCAGCGCGUCCUCACCAAGGAGCCCAAGUCCAAGGAGAUCGAGAACGGCCACGUGUUUACAGUCAACGAUCAGUUUACCUCCAAGCUGCACAGAGUCAAAAUACAGACAGUCGCUGCUAAGCAGGGGGAGUCUGACCCUGAGAGAAAAGAGACGCGGCAGAAGGUAGACGACGACAGGAAGCACGAAAUUGAAGCAGCCAUCGUCCGCAUCAUGAAGUCCAGGAAGAAGAUGCAGCACAACGUCCUGGUAGCAGAGGUAACCCAGCAGCUGCGGGCCCGGUUCCUCCCCAGCCCCGUGGUCAUUAAGAAGCGCAUUGAAGGACUUAUAGAGAGAGAAUACUUGGCACGGACGCCCGAGGACCGCAAAGUCUACACCUACGUUGCAUAAGUGGAGGAGAGGAGCAUUGUGGAUAAGGAGAGAUAGAGGGGUGUUUUUUUGGACUGUUGUUCGCAUGGACUGGGAAGUUCCUUUUAAAAGAAAUGCUGGGAAGCUGACUCCUCCCUUUACUAAAAAUUUAAAAAAAGUAAAUGGCAAAAAAAAAGUACAAACAAAAUCCAUGAAGCCUUGUAGAUUUUAAAAAUCAGGCCCACUACUCUUCUUACUCCCUGUGAGAACUUCAACAUGUACGGAUUCCAGCUUCAGGCUUUUCACUGUUUUACCCUUGUAGAGAUCAACCUUAAAGAAUCCCUUGGGAAAGAUGUGAACGCACCACAUUAUUUUUGUUUUCAAUACUGUAUAAAAAUGAGAAAAUGAAAUAUUAAAAACAAAAACGGCAAAUGUGGAUUGCUACAAAAAUCAAUAAAAAAUAUUGAAUAUUGA